CAUUUGAUAGUUAUCUUGAACAAUAUCGUGAUCGAAAAGAUGUUAAUGAAGAAGUUAUUAAACAUUAUUUAACAAUGACAUGUCCAUUUAAUGGUUAUCCUAAUGUAUCGAAAUAUCCAUUAGCAGCACCUAAUGAAAAAUGGGUACCUGAUUGGUAUAAAUAUGAAUUACUUAAAUAUCAUAAACGACAAGGAAAAUGGAAGAUGAUGCCAUUCUAG